GAGAGAGAGAGAGAGAGAGAGAGAGAGAGAGAGAUCUGUUGCCCGGCUCCAAAAAGAAAGGAAGAAAAAAGACAGAAAGAAAAAAAAACAGCAUUUGGAUUAUUAUUAUUUAGGAAUGAACGCUGAGACGUGCGUUUCUUACUGUGAUAUGACAGCCAUGGAUUCAUAUUAUAGCACACCGCAAGGUAGAGAUCACCAAACAAACCCGUUUAGGACAUUCCAGCCCGGUGACAUCAAAUACAGCCCCACUUUCCUGACCAACAAAGGUCAGGCAUAUGGGGAAAAGUCCCGGAGCCCGUUCCAACAGGAAUGCCAGUCAUUGGAUGCCAGUUCUGGGGAAGGCACCUUUAACAAAUACCACCUCUUCAUGCAGAGGUCCUCUUGUAAAACUCCCCCAGAAGGAAGCAAACUCCACCAAGACAGCAGCCUCAACGGAGCGCUUAUCUCCUGUUAUGCCAAAGACAGCAGUGGGCUGACGGACUCCGAAUUGCCCCCGAGCACUGACCCUGCAGGGAUGGACAGCAGCUACCUCAGUGUGAAAGAGUCCGGGGUCAAGGGACCCCAGGACCGUCCGGGCUCCGAGAUUACCAACCCGCUGGACAAGGGUGAGGGCGAGAGCAACAAGGGCAAGAAGAGACGCAACCGCACCACCUUCACCAGCUACCAGCUCGAGGAGCUGGAGAAAGUGUUCCAGAAGACACACUACCCCGACGUGUACGCCAGGGAGCAGCUGGCACUGCGCACCGACCUGACUGAGGCCCGAGUGCAGGUGUGGUUUCAGAACCGAAGAGCGAAGUGGAGAAAGAGAGAGCGGUUCGGCCAGAUGCAACAGGUUCGGACUCAUUUCUCAACUGCCUACGAACUCCCUCUUCUAACCAGAGCUGAGAAUUAUGCACAGAUCCAGAACCCGUCAUGGAUCGGGGGUGGCAGUGCAGCAUCUCCAGUGCCAGGCUGUGUGGUUCCCUGCGACACGAUGACCUCCUGCAUGACCCCUCACCCACACGCGGGCGGCAGCGUCUCCGACUUCCUGGGUGUGCCCAGCCCUGGGGGUCACAUGGGACAGACGCACAUGGGCAGCCUCUUUGGCAACCCGGGCAUCAACAGCUACGACCUCAACGCAGAGCCCGACCGCAAAUCCUCCAGCAUCGCUGCCCUGCGGAUGAAGGCUAAAGAACACAGCGCUGCCAUUUCCUGGGCUACAUGAUGAUGCUGCCCACAAACCCGUUUUAAUUUAAACAAAAACAAAAAAAAUCAAUAACGAAAGCAAUACAAAUGAAAAAAAUAAAUAAAAAUAAGCAACGAAUAAGCAAACACUAAAUAAUAUAGCCAUAACAGACUCUUUGAGUGCCUAAACUCUGGGCAAGUGAGUGUCUAAACCCUGAAAAUGGGGCCUCGGGUUUAAGCGAUGUUGCUGAAGUGCAUGAAAGCGGUUUUGGUUCAUGGGUUUAAUAGUUUCUUUAAGGCAGUGAUUUAAAGUUUAGGUUUGAAACCUUGCUAUCAGGAGGUCGCAUUAUUGUAAAAACAAGUAACAGCUUCUUUGGCAAACUGCCUUUUCUGUGGCAAGAAACAUUUUGGUUUUUUUAUGGUGCAAGAGGAGGUGUAUUCAAUCAUAACAUGCAACACUCACAGUAUUGCCCUGUUCAGUGGGGACAUUUAAUUCAUUUUCCAGACACAGUAUAUGUGUUUUAUAGAAUGGGAGAAUGGGCAUUUUUGCAUUUUUUUUUAAUUGAAUAUCACCGUAAAUCAGGCCAAUAACAUGGGUCAUAAAGAGGCGAUGUACUUUUCUGAUUGAAUCCAAUACUAAGGAAGGCUACAAUAUUGAACAUCAAGGCUUUGCAAUGGUAUAAAAAUGUGUUACAAAAAAGAGACACUUCCACAUUAGGCUUCAGCUGAUCCCAUUAUUAAAAUUUGGUGUAGAGGAAAAAGCAAAAGUUUAGGGCCUGUAUCUUUUUAUUAGAUUGUAUUGAGAUUUCUUAAACUGAACGAGUUUUCCUGCAGGGAGUUGUUAUCUCUUCCUAUGUCCCUCUGGGGUGAGGGAGCUAGGCAGCGUUACAUGCUUAGUUUUUAACAGGUUAGUCCUGCUGGAGAGGGGAGACGAGCCAGAAAACGAGAAAGUACUACACUUCUUAGCCUAAUCAUUGCUCGAAGUAGAGGUUAACCACACUGCACCUUCCUGUAAUUACAACGAGCUUACAUUGUACUAACAUGUACUAAUCAUUGCAACCCGUGUAGUCACAUCAUCAGUUUGGAAAAGAGCUUGUGAUGAAUAAAAUCACAUGGGUCACAAUGUUUAGUACCUGUAAAGUGCAAUGCAAGUGUCUUAUACUAAUACCUAGGUACUGUACAGUAAGUAUAGCUUAACUCAAACAUCAUAAUUGAUAGCCAUGUUCUACUUAAGUUCACAAGAAUUUAUCCCUGCAUGUAAAUGUUGGUUGAAAUGUUGGUUUACAAUGGUGUACUUAAUAAUAAGCAAACAAACUCAGGCCUGCAACCUUGAAGCGCUUUCUAAAGACCUGGAUAGUUUCAAUAAAAAAGUUUUACCAUAUAUUAUUUCUUUAAUGCAAAUUGUACAGACAAUGGGACAGAUUCUGAUGCAAACAUCUACAUUUUUUACAAAAAAACAAAGAUUGAAAGAUAUUGUUCUGACUCUAUAUAUACCGAGCACCAUUUGGCUGGAAUGACCUGCCUUAGCUGACUUUAAAUCAUUCUCAAUCCACACACAUGGAAAGCACAAGAUGGACUGUAAUGCCAUGCGAUUAAAAAAAAAAUAAAAAAAGAUGCCAAAGCCCACAGUACGACUAACGCUUCACGCUGUAGAGUUGUAAAGUGCCUUAGCAGAGGGGGAUUGAGGGAUCCCAAUAACUGCGGCUCAGGUUGACAAUGAAUUUUAAGCUGAACUUCAUAGAGUUGUUGCCCGCGAAUUCAAGAAAAACGUUCCCUGUGCCAGACGUGGAAACCAGUUUCUCUAAACGCCUGCUUGCUCCAGGGCUUUCCUUGGCUAUGCUGCAGUACAUUUCAAAGAUUGAACCUUGCAGUUCAGAGCAGUGAUUCAAUUCAGCAAGUAGGUCUGGAAUACCAGUGCAUGCACUGACUGUCUUUACUCCAGUGCAGUGUGAAAACACAGAAAUUCAAAUUCUUAUCCUUGCGUGUCCCGUGCAAUCAAAGGUGAUAAAUAAUUCCAAUGCUAUGCAAAGAAUUUACAAAAGUUGUAAUUCAAUAGGUGAAAAAUCACAAAACCAAUAUUAAAAAAAAAAAGAAAAAGAAAAAACACAAAACUCAGACCUCAGAAAAUUGCAGGGCUUCUAGAUAAAUGUGACUUUUUUUCUUCCUGUAAUCCAGUUGGUGAUUUUCCUGUAUUUAACAAAAAUCAGUUUAUGCAAUCCACAUAACUCCUUUCUCCAUAUUAAUGACGAUAUUAUAUACGAUAAUUAUUUCCUGUCAACUACUCCUGUAUUUAUCCUGUAGACCUGAAGAAAGUGAACCAAAUCUCUAGUGUAUGUAAUUCAGCCAAGGAAGCCCUCGCUCUCUCCCUCUAUAUAUAUAUAUAUAUAUAUGUUUUUAUUGGGAUUUUUAAUCAUCACACAAGUAAAAACAUGUUAUGUAGCGCCUCCUGCCUAUUUAGAAUCAGAAUAGUAUAUGUUCACAAACCUAAGCUCCAAUUACUUUCAAUGUAUUUAUAUAUUUAUAAGUCUAUUUAUCUUGUUAUGCAUUUAUCGAAUUAUAUUUAGCAGCCUUUACUGACUGUAUAUUGGUAUAUCUAGAUUGGCAAAGACCUGCAAUGGAAACUACUAUAGUUUUGCAAAAGAGUAGCCCAUGACGAAUGCAUUUAUUUUAUUGUGAUUUUAUUUUACAUUGGAAUUAAAUGCUUGAGGGUUAAGCUAAUGCUUGUCAGAAAAUUACAAUUCUUCUAAUAAUUCUAUACAAUCCAACACCGUACAAGACUCCAAUAUUAAUUUCCCAGGAGGGGAAAGUGAAAAUGAAGCACUGCAAACCCACAGGGGACCUUAUCAAAAGUUUAAACUGAAAGUAAAAGUUAAGAUUUAAAGAAAUAUUGACAGUGCCCAGGAGCACCAUUGGCACAUAAUAUUGCAUUAUCAUAGAACAUUGCAAUUGAUUUAAACAUGUCUAUGCAAGCUUGUAGUAUUCACUAAAAAGCACACAUAUAAAUUAGCGAGAAAACAUUGCAAAUAAAUCUAGAAGAUCAUUUAUUACAUUGGGGCGGUCAUGUCCAUAUUCAUUGAUAUUGGUUCAUUUUCAAAUCAGUUGGGUUGUACAUCCCUAAGACAUGCAUCAGGUUCACAUUUGCACUAUACUAUGGCCAGUGUUCUUAUGAUGAGGUGCUUGUUACCAUUGACCUGCUCAAAAACAAAAUAGUACAAGAUCUUGAACCAAAUACAUGCAUUUCAAAUGGUACAGGCUUUAGGGACGAGCAAGUGGAGGAAAUAAACCAAUAGAAACUAGGCACGAGGUCUACUGGAAAUGUUAUCAGGUCUUCAACCUGUCUCAUAGAAGCCUGCAGUCACUCUAUCCUCUCCUAGCAAGGAUGACAUACAUACAUACAUAGGUAUGGUACAGCACAUUCAAAUCUGGGUCUCUCCUUCGCCGUUCCUACAGCUCAAACCCCACUGCCGUUUGUAAUACUACUGAAGCAGGGCAACAUGUUUUCUAGAGUAUUAAUAUAAUAGUAAUCUUUUUUUUCUGCGUGUGUGUGUGUGUGAUUGUGUGGGGUGUGUGGAUUUUAAGUGUAAAUUUAUGAGAGAGAUUUGCAAGGUUUAAAGACCCUUGGAAAUAUAACGGUUCUAAUUUGUUGUAAAGUAUUUUUAAACCGUGAAAAACCAAGUCUGUUUUCCUGGCUUAGAAGGAAAUAAAUGCAUCUUGGUUUUAUUCUAUGAUUUAAAAAAAAAAAAAAAAAAAAAAAAAUGUUAAAAACAAAAUGGCUUAAGCGAAGUUGUACUGCUUUUUAAGUAAUGCUAUUGUUAUACUUUAAUUGUAUUCAUGUUCUUAUAUUGUAUUGUGUUUUUUGAUUUGCUAGUAAGUUAUUGCACUUACAAAAUGUUUUGCAACUAUGUUUUUCUGGUAGUGACCUGGGGUCAAAUCUUUACAGCAAGGGUCAGAACGCAGAAGACUGCACGCUCUUGAGACUAAUACAGGAUAUUUCUAGUUGAAAUCUCAGUUUUUUUAAAGUCGUUUUUUAGAAACUGUUCUCAAUAGCACUGUUCCAAUUGUUGUCUUCUCCUCCCUCUAGUAUACAUUUUCUAUAAAGCAUGGUCACUUAUACUAAAUAAAAGAAUGACUACAAAUUACAAUACAUUGCUUUCAACUCACUUGGAUUUAUUAUCUGUAAAAUUACCCAAGAAUAACUUUACUAUUUUUAAGUUCUUACUUAGUUUUUUUCAGUUAUGAACAUCUUAAUAGAUAUCAUCUAAGCUAUGGCCAAAAGUUUUGCAUCACCUAGAAUUUUAGGAUUGAGACCAUUUAAAAAAAAACAAAAAAAACCAU